UUUUGUCUGAAUCUCAUGGUCUUUUUGGUCAACGCCACCACCCUGCCACCAAGAGAAGACAGAGAGAGAGAGAGAGAGAGCAUAGAUACAAUGAGGGCGAUGGAAGCCAAGCGAAAAACAAUGAAGAAGCAUCAUGGCUUUCGAUUCCUCAUGUCACUCUCAUAAUAUUCCCAACCUCGCUCAACCUCUCAGCCUCUUCUUCUUGCUCUUAUUCUCUAAUUCCCUCCCUCGUACCCUUCAAGCUUUCCUUCUCUCUCACUUCUUCUUCUUCUUCUACUACUACUAUUCCCUUCAUAAACUUCUCUUGAUGUCUCUCCCUUUCGACCCCACAAUUGUUAAGCAACAGCAAUGCAAUUGCCAGAGGAUUCCUCUCUUACCCACUUGCUCAAAUCUCAGUCUUUCUUCUCCGGCGCCUCCACCGCCGCCGGAGGAUUGUUCCUUGACCCAUUACAUGCCGUCUCUCCUUCUUUCAUUUCCUUCUUCUCGUCCAAGACUACCCUUUUGGACCCUGUUUCGGUUUCCCCUUUUUCCGGGACUCGCCGGAGAGCGGAUUGUUUUGGGGGUUUGAGAGGUGGUGGAGGUGGUGGUGGGUUUUUGUCGGUGAGCUUGUCGAUAAAGAGAAGGGAAAGGAGUGAAAAUGGGGGUGAUGAUGGGAAGGAGUAUGUUGGCCAAUCUGGAGAAGUUCUGGGGCAAAAUGGGAAUAAGAGUUUCUUGAGGGAAGAAGAGGAGAUUGUGUAUGAAGAGGGGGAGAAGAAGGUGGUACAGAGGGUUGGGGUGAAGGGUAGUUCAGGUGCUAUGAAUGUGACUAAGCAUCUCUGGGCUGGUGCUGUUGCUGCUAUGGUUUCAAGAACAAUUCUUGCACCUCUUGAGAGGCUGAAGAUGGAAUAUGUAGUUCGUGGGGAGCAGAAAAACCUUCUUGAGCUCAUUAGGACAAUUGCAGCUUCUCAAGGGCUGAAAGGCUUUUGGAAAGGAAAUUUUGUUAAUAUUCUUCGUACAGCACCUUUUAAGUCUAUCAAUUUCUAUGCUUAUGAUACAUAUAAAAAUCAACUCAUGAAAAUGUCCGGCGAUGAGGAAAGCACAAAUUUUCAGAGGUUUGUUGCCGGUGCUGCAGCUGGAAUUACGGCUACAUUGCUCUGUUUGCCGAUGGACACUAUCAGGACAAAGAUGGUGGCACCAGGUGGGGAAGCCUUGGGGGGUGUAAUUGGCGUUUUCCGCCACAUGAUCCAAGCUGAAGGAUUCUUUUCUCUUUACAAGGGUUUGUUGCCCUCAAUUGUAAGCAUGGCACCUUCAGGAGCAGUCUACUAUGGUGUGUAUGACAUAUUGAAAUCAGCUUAUCUGCAUUCACCAGAAGGGAGGAAAAGAAUCCAACACAUGAAAGAAGAAGGUGAGGAACUAAAUGCUUUUGAACAAUUGGAAUUAGGUCCUAUUAGAACACUACUCUAUGGGGCAAUAGCUGGUGCUUGUUCGGAAGCUGCUACAUAUCCUUUUGAAGUUGUGAGGAGACAUCUUCAAAUGCAAGUCCGGGAAACAAAGUUAAGUGCGUUGUCAACAUGUGUAAAAAUCGUCGAACAAGGAGGUAUUCCUGCGCUGUAUGCAGGAUUAGUUCCCAGCUUAAUGCAGGUUUUACCAUCGGCUGCCAUUAGUUAUUUUGUGUAUGAGUUCAUGAAGAUUGUUCUCAAAGUAAAGUCCUCAUAAAACAUUUUAUAUUCAACACCAAAAUCCACGAGUGCUUAAGGAGGUUGAGGAUAAGAUUUUCUUUUCUUCAUUUUUUUUUUUUAAAACACUCACCAUAUAAACUGUUAUACCAUCUUAUCUAAAGGCAUAAACAACAUUUAAUCUUUAUCUUUUCUUCCUUAGAUCUGCUAAAGAGACAACGUUCUUUGUUGGGUGUUGAGAAACAGCUAAGGAAAAUGAAAAUUUGAUUUAACAUAAAUUGACAAAAUGUAUUGUGAUUCAUAUAUUUUAUGAGUUAGAAUUUUAUGCCUCUAAUUUACAUAAAAAAUUAGGACAUGAGAAUGUGUCUAUUUCAUAAAGCUUUCAAUUGCAUUAUGUCAUUUAAAAUGA